UGCUCUGGUCACGCACAGUUAGCGGUUCGUGAAUUCAUCUCCAAGGCGCGAGUUUGUCCACUCUGUUCAUUCCUGUCCAGCUGAAGACUCUUGCUCCCAUGUUUUGAGCCCGCUCAGGUUGGAGACAGUUCACCAUGUCCACCGGGUCUCUCAGCGAUGUCGACGACGAGCUCCUGGACGGCAUCCUGAAGUUUGGCUCCUCCGGCAAAGACUCCAACGAGAGCACGGAGGAGAGCUCCAACUGCGAGGGCACUUGCGCAAACGACGCGCCGGGCAAGAAACGGAAGACAGCGUCCCGGAAAACGGCACCCAAGGGUGUGGCACAGCAGGAGGGCAAGCACGUGCAGAGGAACGCGGCCAACGCCCGAGAGAGAGCCAGGAUGCGCGUCCUGUCUAAAGCCUUCUCCCGGCUGAAGACGACCUUACCCUGGGUACCACCGGACACCAAGCUCUCCAAACUGGACACUCUGCGCCUGGCGUCCAGCUACAUCGCGCAUCUCCGGCAGAUACUGGCCAACGACAAAUAUGAAAACGGAUUUAUCCACCCCGUUAACCUGACGUGGCCUUUCAUGGUUGCAGGUAAGCCGGAGAACGAUUUGAAGGAGAUGCUGAACACAACAAGGUUAUGUGGAACAACGGCGUCCUGACGAAACCAAGCGGACACCUCUAUACGUUUUUAAAGGAGGAAUGGUUUUCCAAGAACAACAACAACAACAAAAAAGAUUAUGACUGAAAUGCACGUCUCAUCUCCGCAGACUCUGAGUGGGAAUAACAGAGAGGAUCCUCUCUCCUUCGUUCCCGUAAAGACAAGUUGAAUUUUAUUUAAAUGCAUUCUGUCACCUGUUGUUGUCUUUGCUGGUUCAAAGAUAAACUGCGUGCUUAAAAUGGCUUCUUUUUUUUUUUUUUUUAAAUACUCUGCAGAUGCAUUUUUACUCAUGCAGGCCUGUUUUAGCUGCUGCAUUAUGAUGGAUGGAUGAAAGGUCCAUGUGGUUGUACAGAUUACAUGUAUAUAAAAUAUAUUUGUAUCACUUUUC